ACAUCCGUUAGGACAUUUAAACCGUGUGAGCUGUCUGUCAGAGACCUCGCGGAAGGCUCUUCCACCCAGUCCGACUCUAUUAUGCAGCAUGUGUGUGGGAGGACUCCACCAGUGUUUUUUCUCUGUGAAGGAAGCCCCGCCCUGACGGCAGCCGAAGGCACAGCCCCACCUCGCAACUUUGCCGAGACGCUGCCGACAGAAAUGAGCGUGAGGAUCUUUGGCGAGCUGGAUGCGGCGAGCCUGUGCAGCGCGGCGAGGACCUGCAGGCUGUGGCAUCAGAUCAUCGAGCAGAGCGAGCAGCUGUGGAGGAAGCAGUGCCUGAUGGUCCGAGCCAUCUGCCAGAGGGAGGUCGACAGCGACCGGAGACACGGCCUCUCCUGGAAGGUGAUCCUGGUGAGGAACUACAUCCGCAGCCUUGUGAAGAAAGACUGGCUGAUUGGACGGUUCAGCCACGUGAGGUCGGCAGACGAGCUGAGCGGCAGGAAGCUGACGCCGCUGGACGCGGAGACCUGGGGCGAGAUCCUGCAGGCCGAGCUGGAUCGAUGACGGCGUUCCGGUUUUAUCAAAGCACCUCGAGCACUUCUGAUUUUUAACUCUAAUAUAUUCCCUCUGCAGUUUGUGUUUCACGGGAAACGCAAACUUUUGUACAUAUUUUUAAAAUUUUUAUAGAAAAAAAUCACAGAGAAACAAAGUGAAACUUUUUUUUUUUUUAAUUUGAGCCUUUUUGUUUUGGGUUCGUGUAAAUAUGACGAUGACACAAUAAACCAUCUUUGUGAGGUUC